CCUCCAUAACUGACUGUGAUAUGCUGUCACAGACCCUUCCCUAGCAGUAAGGGAUGGGUGCGAGUGUUAAAAUGUCUUAGGCACUUUGAAGAAGUAUUAUGUUCAUUUAUUUGGGAAGCAUUCUGUGUUCAGUCUAGUGCCCAGAGUGUUAGCUUCAAGUGGGAAAACUUUCCAGUCAGAGUUUGGUUACUUAGUACCUACAUUCUUUUUUCCUUUUCUCUUAGUCCUCAGAAUUUACUUCUUUCUUUGUUAAUCUGUCUGGCAGAAUCUGGGGGAGGAAACUAAAUUUGGCAUUUUAAUCUAUCCACGUGAAUUUGUCAGCAAGUUUUGUAAAAGUUUAGAGAAAGACAAAGGUAAAAGGUAUACUGGCCUUCUUUUUCCUUUUGUUAGGAAUGGAUUGGAGCUUCUGGGACUUUCACCUGGGAAUAUAAAGGAUUACUGUAAGGGGCCGUGAUUAUCUGUGGGGUGAGGUGUGCUGUAGAUCAGGUUGAGAUGCUGGAGGCCGUUGUCCUUCUGGAAGAAAUAAACAUAAAGCAGUAGGUAGUAAACAUUCUGAAGCUAUGGAAGACAACUGUGGGCAGCUAGUUCUCAAAUACACUUAUUUGUUUCCUCAAUAAUCUAUUCCACACGUACUUCUUUCCUUCUUCCUUCUUUCUUCUUUUAUUGGUACUAGGAAUCGAACUCAUGACCUCAUGCUUGCCAGGCAGGCACUGUGCUGUUGAGCUGUAUCCUGGCCCUCCACAUAUAUUUCUUGAACACUUCCUAUUUGCUUGAUCUACAUCCUGAAAACCAUAGAAUGAACAAUUCAUUAAUGCUUCCUGGAGUUUAUAUUUUCCCGGGGAAAGCAAGAUAAUACAGACAGACACAAAUGCGUUGAAAUGUUUUGAUAAAAGUAAAGCAAAGUGGUCUCUGAUGAUCUGUUUUCAAAUGAGUGUCAGGCAGGUCUUAUUAAAGAGCUAAUAUUUAAGCAAAGGCUGAACCCCAAGUAAGAGACAUCUGAGGAAGUGCUUCCCAGGUGAAAGAAGACCUGGCAUAAAGUCCCAGAGGCUUAAAUCCAUUCAUAACAAAAGGAAAAGGAAGAAGGCCAGUUAACUUUAGCUUGAAUAGGGGAACACAACUGGAUAAAUGGGGAGAGGGUUGGAUUAUGUGGAGUAGUACUUUUCUGACAUGGCCCAAGGUAAGAAUUACCUGGGGCUACCAGACACAUUGGUAACCCCAGAGCUAUGGGAGACUGAGGCAGGAAGACUGCAAGUUCAAACCCAGCCUGGGCAGUUGAGCAACUUGGCAAAACUUUGUUUCAAAAUAAAAAUGAUGUAGCUCAGUGCAGAGACCCUGUGUUCAGUCCCUAGUAUUGGGGCAAAAAAGUUACCUGGGGCACUUGUAAAGUUUUAGCCAGCAUUCUCCUGGGUAGAGCAGAAGCCUGGAUGACCCUGAAAGCUCCUUAGAGAUUCUACCUGGUGGCUAGAGUUGUGACUGCUAAUGAAAAGGAAAGCACUCAAGACUGAAGAAAGGACUUUGGAUUUUACAUAUAAGUGUCAGGAGCAGCAUUUUGUCUGCAGAGUAGUUUGAAGAAAGUGCUGGCUGCUGUGUGGAAAAUGGCUCCCGGUGAGAACAGAAGAGUGUCCACCGAGGCCACUAGAGUAGGAGAGCCGGAAUGGCUUGGCUGGGCAGCGGUGGUGGGGAGGAGAGGAGUGGACCGAAGUGGGAUAUUGUGAUUGUAGAACUGAUGACAAGAUGACUGGUAGGUUAGAAAUGAGCUAAGAAGGACAAUUACUAUGCAGCAAUUAGAGUUUACUGAGUGGGAGCGUUACUUAAUUUAAGGUCUGUAGUUCUUUUUUGGGGAGUACUGGGGUGUGAAUUCAGGGCCUUUGCACUGAACUGUAUUCCCAACCUAUUUUCUAUUUUUUAUUUUGAAAGGGGUCUCUCUGAAUUCCCCAGACAGAACUCAACUUGAAUCCUCCUGUCUCAGCUUCCCAGAAUGUUGGGAUUACAAGUGUGUGUCCCCCACCCCAGUUUAAGACGUACAAUUUUUAUAAGAGCCCUAAUUUGCCCAAGAUGAUGUGGUCACUGACUAUAAAUAGCAGAAUUGUAUUUUAACCCAGUGGGCUGAGGAUACGCCCUUAGCCCCUGUGGAUUUAUGGAUUCUUAGCUCUUGGCAGGGAGACCUGGAUGGAUGGUCUUGGCAUUUCGUUAGGCAAAUGCUUUAGGGAGGUGUGGCCUCACUGGGAAGGAAUGAGGCAUCUGGAUGGUGUUAGGUUUGAGAUUGUGUGACAAUUUGGGAGAGGUGUGUAGUGGACCCUGAAGCUCAAGGGACAGGGAAAUAUGUGGGAGUAACUGAUUCAGAGAUAUACUUUCCCUUGUGAGAGAGAAAAGGAUCAUCCUCAGUGGGAGAGUAAAUAAACAAGGGAGCCCCAGGGCCCAGCCACAGGAUAAGAGGAGCCAGGAGAGAAUGUGGAGCAGGAAGGGCCACAGAGGUGGGAAAAUCCCACAGAAGAGUAGGGGUGUAAGAAGAGCUUUCAAGGAGAGAGUUGUCAUGUUCAUGGGCCAUGUACUCUGGGGGUCUGGAAGAUAGGAGGUGAGUGUGAGGUCUCAGGAGUGCAGAUAGGUACAGGUGGAGCAGCUGAAUGAGAAGACUGUCUCAGGCUUCCUGUGCAGAAAGCAGAGUUGCUAGAGGAGCUUUGAUGGAGAGCAUCCCACUGUGCGGCCUCACAUCGGGAGCCUCUCCUGGUAUACUUCUGGUCUCUUGGAUGCUGCAUUUGUUAGUAGUACCCCACUAAAGAAGAAAUACUCUUCUCUGGGUGAGUAACUUUUAAACUGUCCAUCUUACACUCCAAAAUCAUACAGAAAAUAAUGUGAUUUCUUUGAAAAAUUUCUUUUUUUUUUUUGUACCGUGGAUCAAACUCAUGACCUUGCACUUACAGGCAAGUGCUUGAGUCACUGAGCUAAAUCCCCAGCCCAUGAAAGAUUUCUUAAUGAAGUUAAAAUGUAUUUAAUUCUAAGCUGGGAACUUAGCUCAGCAGCGUAAGCACCUGCUUUUCAGCAUGAGGUUGUGGGUUCAAUCUCUGGUAACAAAAAAAUUGAAAACAAAAAUUUAAAAAAAUGAGUUUAAUUCUAGUCAAAAUAUCUUAAAGAAUAACUAGAUUGAAAUAGGAAAUCAGUCUUAACCCCCAUGUACCUUCAGCUGUUUUGCAUCUUCUUCCUAAACUGAAAACAUUCUGGUAAAAUGCUAACUCCCCACUCCCUUUCUUCUGUCCCCUGGUAACCACUCUUCUUUCUAUGGCUGUGAAUAUUCAUGACAACUCUAGGGCCUCACAUGAGUGACUUGGUGUGCUCAUUGGUUUCAUUUAAUAAUGACCUGAAGAUGCGUCCAUCUGUAGCCCAAGUCAGAAUGUCCUUUUUGGAGACUGAAUGAUAUUCCAUUUCUCUCAGACUUUUAAAGUCAUUGGGCUUUUGCCUUAAAAACAUCAAAUAUCACUUAUGAAAAAUGUAAUGCAAAAUCUGUUUUUGUAUUAUUUUAUUUCUGGAAGUGUUUAUAAUUGCUUUUCUAAAAUGUGUUGAGGAUUUGUGGAGAGGUAGGUCUUUUUGAAUUUAUAUUGGACAUUCGGUAUGAUGUUUCAGUAAGGAGAUGGGUGAAUUUUCAGGUCUGAGUAGUUUUCUCUUAUAAUUCUAUUUUUAUAAUAUUUCCUCUCCCUGCUCCUCCUUUUUUCUACUGUCUCUUUCUGGUACUAUUGUUUGAUAGAUUAUAGAUCAUUGUUUUUUAUCUCUUAACCUUUUAUUCAUGGUUUGCACCUAUUUUUCUAGAGUUCCUUGAUGUUUCUAAUUUGUAUUUUAACAAUUAUAUAUUUAAUUUUCAGGAAUACUUAUUUUCAACUCUUUUAAAAGCUGCCUUAAUUUUUGUUUAAUGGAUGCAAUGUAUUCUGGAAUUUUGUUGAGAAUGUGUAUUAGAGGUUUAUUUGGGUGUGUUUUGUUCUAGUAUCACUCCUGGGAUUGCUCAUGUUGGUGCCGUUAGUGUUUUUAGAGAAUGGAGUGAUCCUGGCUGGUUGUUUAUAGUCACAAGUGAAGGAUCAGAUUCAUUAAUGAUCAGUGGCAGUUGGUGUGCAUCCCCUGCAGCACCAGGUCUGCUUAUGUCAGAAUCUGUCCUCUGCCUCCUGUCAGGAUCUGUCCUCCCCGCCUCUGCAGCCUCCUCCACACCAGUGGCCCCAGAGAGAUGGGCUUUGCAUGAGGGUGCUCAGACAAGGAGCAGACAGACAGGUCAGGGACCCUGGGAUCAGGCACUGCGCUGCGUUGUCAGCAGCCUGACUGACUCCAUCCAGGCUGUCUCCAGGGAGGUGACUAACUAACUUCCUUCAGAGACAGGCUAUGGUCUCAGCUUUGGGGUUGUUGAUGCUGCUACCUCUCGCUUGCAGGGCUGAUGGGGUGGCAGAGAAGUAGAAGUGUUCUAAACACAGCCCUUGGAAUUGCGCUUCAUAACUGGCUCUUACUCCUGCUCUGGGUACCCACUGGCUUUGGGUUCAGAAUCCCUCUGGAUUCCUAGACUCCUAUACAGGGUCAGAUGCAAUCACACCACUCAGAGUUCAGUGCCCUCCCAGCUCCUGACACUCUGUGGGAACCUCAUCUAAAGCCAAGGUACUCUGGCCUCCUCAUUCUGUGUACCUUUGGGGAUGUGGUCCCUUCUGACCUUACUUAGUUCAUUUGAAUGGAAUUCUAGGAGAGGAGGAAAGUAUGCUAAGUACAAAUUCAAACAGAAAGUUCAUCAUGAUCCUUUAUUUUUGUCAUUAUUUUAUUAUAUCUAAAAUACAUCUUUUUGAGCAAGAUUGGAUAAAAAAAACCAGAUGAUUGCAUUUUGAACUCUGUAUUUCGUAGCCCAAGUUAGUUGCUGAGCAGGACAUAAAGACGAGUAGUUUACAAUUCUUGUCCUGAAAGAACAAAGUUUUUAGUUAAGGUGAUAUUAACAAAGUGAAACAAUUAGGAAAAAAUAGUAAUAGCUAUACUUAAUCUAUAUGCUGGGCAUAGUGGCUGACUCUUAUAAUCCAGCAUGCAGGAAGCUAAGGAAGGAGGGUCUUGGAGAGUUAGAAGCCAGCCUGGGCUACAUAGAGAGUUCAAGGCCAGCCUGAACUACAUAGCUAUCAACCUGAUUGAGCCCUGUCACUGUCUAUGCCUGUGCCCACCCUCCAGCCACACUGGAGGAGCUGCUUUGCUUUGCCUGCCCCUUACAUCUCCUGCUCUGGUCAUGUCAUCUUGACAUAGAAUGUCCUUGCUGUCCUUAAGGGCCAGUUCAAAGUUACCUCUCACAAAGCCUUCCCUAGUGUGCUACACCUAAAGUAAUUGUUCUCUGAAUUUUAUCCCUUUACUCCGCACUUUAAGCCACACACAGUUUCACUCUGUAUUUGUGUCUCUUAGCAGUCGUGGCUCAGGACCCCUGUCCAAGCCAUCUCCAGAUCUCUCCAGUGAACUGUGCAUGUGAUGGAACUCAGAUGUAUUCUCUAUCAGAGCCAUUCUAGCCAUACCUAUGGGGGGACAGCAGAGAGUAAAGAAAGACAGAAGACAGUAUUCAAGGUCCAAGGGAGAGACCUGCCUCUAAUGGUUAGGCACACCGGUUGACCCACUUUUAUUAGCAAGCCAGAAGCACAGAGUAGCUUUUAUUAGCAAGUGGGAAGUGCAGAGUAGUGUACUACUCUUGUCAGCAACUGUCAUAGAUUGGGGGUGAGUUAAUGGAGAAUAAGUUCCUCUCCAUGUCAGUAUGCUUGCAUUCUUUAGAUUGUCCUCAGCAGAUGUUAUCUCGUCUUAGGAAUACUGUGGUUAGGAACUUUUUCAUUCCACAUAGUUGCACCAGCCUCCAGACUACAGGACUCCAGUCACAUAGUCUGGUCCCCAACAUAUUUUGUCAGGGGUCUGUCUGUCCACCCACAGGCUCCAGAGGGGCAGUGAGGACAUUACCUCCAUAAUAGCAUCAGACAUCAUUUACCCUUUCAUUGUCAGCAUUUGCACUGAUGAUCCCAAAGUGGUGGCAACAAAACUGCUGACACGUAGUACAAGAGAGUGGCAACGAAUUCACGAGGGGGACUCAUGAACUUCACCAUUGUGCACUCACAGCAAGAGAAAAAAGAUACUUGCAUCUCUGAAUGUUUUCAUGAAGCCAGUUCUGAUAGUACAUGCCUGUAAUCCCGCCUCUCUGGGAGGCUGAGGCAGAAGGGUUUCAUGUGUGAGCCCAGUAUAGAUACCUUAGUGACUUAGCAAGAUCCUGACUCAAGUAUAAAAAGUAAAAAAGGGCUGAGGCUGUAGCUCUGUGUGAAGGAUCUGGGUUCAGUCCCCAGCACCUCCUCUAAAACAUCUUGAUUAGCAAAAUAUAGACACAUUGACCCUUGAGGCCCUGUCUUUUGAAUUUUGUGUGUGAUAACAUGGGAAAUACAUAACACCUUGCACUGCCUGCCUCAGUGUUCAGUCAUAAACUGCCUCAGCUACUAGAUGUAGUUCAGUCGCAAACUGAACUAAAUUUUUUUCACAGAACGUUUUUACCCAAAAAAGAAUAACUGACACAUUUGAAAAUGUCAAAGUUCAUCUAGGGAAAAUAAUUAAUAAUAAUUACUGCCAAUGAUUUUUUUUGUGUGUGUGCUGGGGAUUGAAUUUACAACCUAUGCUUCCUAGGCAGGCAUUUGUGCCACUGAGUUAUAUCCCCAGCCCCAAGCCAAUGAUAAUAUUGAACUUUCAAACAAAAAUUUAAAUUUCAAAAAACUUGAAUCUAUUACCUAGCAGUUUAACAGCUUCUUGAAACUUAGUUUUUUGGAGUUCCAGUAAAGAUGGCAAACAGAGGCUCCCUGAGACAGACAACUCAGAUGCCGAAAUAACACAUCAUGGGGAGAUCUGGACAGAAGAAGAUGGAUCCUCUCAAUCCAGGAAGAAACUAAUGCAAAAAGAACCAGUCAGACAUGCAGUCUCAGGACUACUAUUGAGGCAGCUAAGAUUCUGUGCUCUUGUGCGCCCAAAUUCCCACUGCUUGGACUGGCUGGAACUGCAGUCGCACUGAAGUGCAGUCACACUGAAGUUGAAGGUCGGCGAGCUCAAUGGAGAAUGGAACCAGCAAGGGACCUGCCUCGACCUGUGGUGCCUGUGGCAUUUGAUGAUGUCUCCAUCUACUUUUCCACUCCUGAGUGGGAAAAACUAGAAGAAUGGCAAAAGGAACUUUUCAAGAAUAUCAUGAAGGGCAACUUCGAGUCUCUCAUCUCCAUGGAUUAUGCUGUGAGUCAGCCUGAUGUCUUAUCUCAGAUUCAGCCAGAAGCAGAACAUAACACAGAGGACCAGGCAGGCCCGGAGGAGAGUGAGAUUCCUGCAGUCUCCAGUGAAGAGCCUGGACCUUCAACGUCAGAUAUUCUGUCUUGGAUCAAGCAGGAGGAGGAGCCUCAGGUUGGGCCCCCCCAGGAGGCCAAGGAGAGCGAGGUGUACAAAGGCACCUAUGUAGAGGAGGGCCUCAUCAUCAAAGCCGAAGGUCUUGCUCCGGCCACCUUGUGCCCCGAGGUACCAGUCACCUUCUCUGCUGCCCCAGCUGCAGCAGCAAAGGAUGUUUUCUCAGAUGUGGCAUUCAAAAGCCAACAGUCCACACCCAUGACACCUUUUGGCCGUGCAGCCUCUGACCUGCCCGAGGCCUCCGAGGGACAAGUGACAUUCACUCAGUUGGGAAGCUACCCACUGCCGCCUCCUGUCGGGGAGCAGAUAUUCUGCCACCAUUGUGGCAAGAGUCUUACCCAGGACAUGCUGCUGACCCACCAAUGUGGCCACACCUCUGAGCACCCUGUUCCCUGUGCCCAGUGCCCUAAGCACUUUCCCACACAGCCAGACCUGGGCAGCGCCUCCCAGGACCAUGCUGGUGAGACACCCCCCACCUGCCCGCACUGCUCCCGGACCUUCGCGCACCCCUCGAGACUCACAUAUCACCUGCGAGUCCACAACAGCACGGAGCGCCCUUUCCCUUGUCCUGACUGCCCCAAGCGCUUUGCUGACCAGGCACGGCUCAGCAGCCAUAGGCGCACGCACACCAGUGAGCGGCCCUUCCGCUGCACGCAGUGUGGCCGCAGCUUCAGCCUGAAGCUCAGCUUGCUGCUGCACCAGCGGGGUCAUGCGCAGGAGCGCCCCUUUUCCUGCCCACAGUGUGGCAUCGACUUCAAUAGCCACUCAGCCCUCAUCCGUCACCAGAUGAUCCACACAGGCGAGAGACCUUACCCGUGCACAGACUGCAGCAAGAGCUUCAUGCGCAAGGAGCACCUACUCAAUCACCGGCGGCUGCACACUGGUGAACGGCCCUUCCCAUGCUCUCACUGUGGCAAGAGCUUCAUCCGCAAACACCACCUCAUGAAGCAUCAGCGCAUACACACCGGCGAGCGGCCCUACCCCUGUGCCAGCUGCGGCUGCAGCUUCCGCUACAAGCAGACGCUCAAGGACCACCUGCGCUCAGGCCAUAAUGGUGGUUGUGCGAGUGACAGCAACCCCUUGCUGCCGCCGCCAGAGCCACCUGGACCGUUGCUUCCUGGGCUCGAAGCCUCUGGCCUUGGUGUCAGCACGGAAGCGCUAGAGACCAAUCAGUGGUAUGGGGACGGGAGUGGAGGGGGCGUGCUGUAGCUUCUGCCUUGCGCUCACCUGCUCUGUACAGCAGGCUCUUAGCAAGCAGAAAGUCCAGGAGCAAGCCAGGGGCCCUCCACCCGCAGUAAUUAUUCUCCUGUGCGUCAAGGAAUUCAAAGUUCUCCCCAGCUACUACUGUGUUUAGAACUUCACAGCUGCGCACCAGAACCGUAUCUUGAAAUCCAGAAAACCCAGAAAAGAAACCCAGCAUCCCCAUCUUUCCAAACAUACUACAAAAGCAGAAAUUAGAAGGCUGUUGCAGAGGGUGGGAAGCCAGGUUUGCCCUAUGGCUGGCUUGUCGCAGGGUGGGUCUGGGUGAGAUUCACAUUGUCUCGGUAGAGACAGGUGUACUGGAAGAGCCUCACAGCUUGAAGCCCAACUUGACUCAGGCAAAUGUUGAAGGCCUUUCACUGGUUUGAUAGGUGAUUGUUAGGAAAAAUGUCCUGUAGCCACUGCUUACCUUGCUGCCUCCUGGAAAAGCUCUCUCCACACCCUUCCGUAGCUGUCCAUCUGACCCUAUACCAUAUGAACUCCAGACUGCCUUCCUGGGGGUUCUAGAUUGUCUUUUCAUGCAUUUUGUUUAAUAUUGGGUGAACAAAUCUGAUUUUAGUAGCUUAUUUAAGAGGGCAGGUUUUAACUUUCACUGAAUUGAUCCUAGCAUUCAGGCUCUUGUACUGGCAUUUACUGCCAGAAAUCUUUGUAAACGUCCCAGUUAGGAAACUGGGAGCCAGAUCCCCAAGAAAUAGCUAGUUAGAACAAUAACAGAACAGCCUGAAAACUGUGCCUGACCUGUGUUUCCAGGCACUUAUAUGUCCCUUUUUCUGGGCUAGUAAGCUGAAUUUUCAGUUUUUGAUGUCUGCUUUUUUUGACAGUUACCAGCAGCAGAGAUCACAGUGCCCUUCACAAGUACAGAGGAGUUCCAGGAAGUGCCCCUGGGUUCACAUUUCCUCAGUAGAGCUGUUGCACUGUUGUGUUCUCAAGCCAGUCUGUUCCUCUCAAUUGGCCUGCCCUGUGGGUACCGCCUACAUCCCCAAGAGCCAACUCCCAUGUGUAGAUAAAGAUAGCCUUUUGUGCCUGUUACGCUUUUUGGUACCAUGGCCACUGUGUGUUCUUUUCUUGGGGUCACUCAGCUCCUGGGAGCAUUUCAGUCUGGUUCUACUCCUAAUUGUUGUUAGAGCCUGAUACAAGUACCCUUCCCUUUACAGGGCUCGAAUUUUCAUCAGCAAAAUGAGACUGAGCUGAACCUGGUGGUAUAUACCUGUAAGCCCAGCACUAGGGAGGCUGAGGCAGGAGGAUCACUGUGAGUUGCAAGGCCAGCCCAAAUUACAGAGAGACUCCAUUUCAAAAAGCGAAUAGAUACCCCUCCCACCUCAAUCUUCAUAGGGCAGGAGGGAGGGUUGAAUCUCUGUAAAUUAAAAAAAAGUGUUGUGAUACAUUCCUUCUGCCAAAAUCCUGUCUCUGCUUUUGGCUUUCAUCCAAGUGAAGCCAAAUAAAGACAAACAGAAUCAAAGCAGAGGAAUUCUUGCAGAAACUUGACUGAAAUCAGUUUAAUUUGUUGUUUUGCUUUUGCUUUGUGCUGUGUUAGAAGACAGAAUGUAAGAGUCCCACAUCUUGGGCAAAAAAGUUGUUUCUUAUACCCUGUAGUUUCCCCUAAAUCUGCAGGGUUAGGUCGAGGUCUGGAACUUCAACAGGAUAUUCUCCCAAUAAGUGAUAAAGAACUCAUGUUCGCCUUAUCAUAGGGCCCGACCUUCCUUUGCUCACUGCGGGACCAUACCCGGAAAGGCUGUCAGCCCAGCUGCUGUGUUCCUGGGAAGGCUCUUUCUGAACAUGCAUUUCUAGAACACCACUCUGUGACAUUCACCAGGCUAGUGACCACAAGAGUCAUGAGCAUUGUGCCAGAGGCCUGGCCUGCUGUCAUAACCUUGUUUGUAGGCAGUGAAAAAGUCAAAGGGGUUAAUAAAACAAGCCAGGUGAUAGAUAGAACCCUGGUGUAUUGGAAUGAAGAGUUUCUAGCCAGAAUCUGGCCCUCAUCAUGGGAAAAUUUGGGAGUUCUGGGAAUCCCAAAACUAGGGUUCUGGCUUUAUUGGUGACUCACUAGACGCUUGAGUGUGUUCCAGGUCUGUUAUGUACCUUGCUUCCCACAAUGAAAGGGAAAAGAAUCCUAAAUCACUACCUUCAGGUGGUGAGCUAAAAUCCUUUCUGAAUGGAUUCUAGCAUCUUCCAGGGUAUGCUGGAGAAGGGAUUCCUACAUGAGGUAUGAUGUGGGACUAGGUUGUAUUUAAGAUUCACUUUAACCCAAAAGAUUUAUUGAGGAUGCACAGCUUACUAUUAAGGUGCUGCAGAUAAAUCCACAGCCUGUUAUGCAAGGAACUGUGGCCAGCAGAGACCCAGGCUUUGGCAGAAAGUGAACACAGGUCAGAUACCAAUGCAGCAAGAGCCAUGGAGCUGAUCAAAGGGAGGUGUGCAGGUCCACCUCAGGACGGCAAGAAGGUGAGAGUCUAAUUCUUAGCCCUGAGACUAGGCAGGGAGUUCAGCAUUUUAUGUUACAUUUUCCUUUCCCUCCAUCAGGCCCCUACCAGGUAGAACUCCAAGCCACCUCUAAAGAAUUUAUUUGCUAAAGGUUCAAAAGUGGAUUGGUGAAAAGCUAAGGUAAAGUCCAACAGAAAGCUUUCAGUGUUUGGAGAGGAAUCUGUUGGUCCAGCGAGCACUCCUGAGAGAAACCUUGUGUCUAAUCCUGUGAAUGGAGAGGACCGGUUGUCUGAGCAGACGCAACAGGAAGAGGAAACUCCACAGCAUGCUCUUCACCUGCCCGCUUGCCUUCUGGACCCUCACCCGAGCACUGUCACCUUCCAGUAGGGUGCUGGGGCUUGACUUGUCAGACUCUCUUUGCUAGUAUUUUCAUUGUCUCCAUUGGGUGAGCCUCUGGUUCAGCCACAAAUGUGAAAAUAAAUGGAAGUUGAUUGAUGGCCUAGAAAGUGAAAGAAGACUCAUCCUUUUCUGCUAGACACUACUGUAAACAUGUUAGCUGAGCUCAAGCCAGGGCCAUACCCUGCAUAACAUCCCUUGUUAUUAAUAAUAAAGUACAAAGUUUGUGGCUUCUCUUGA